GCUUGCCUUGCCUAAAAUCCACGUAUCCAAGCUGAUAGAAGUGAAAAAAAAAACGUAAAAUCAAGUUUCGUAGGAUUGCAGUGCGAGCUGAGUACAUAUUUUCGUCAAAAAUUGUGAUUUAAUUAUUGGAAAUUUGCAUAAUCCACUAUCAAAAACUUAAUUUUUAUAAAAUGGGAGACGGACAAAGUGAAACUCAACCUUUGCUUAGAGACGAGGAGGUAAAUGUCAGCACAAUAUCUCCAAUUGGACCUGACGAGCUUCCUCCGCCUUACCAACAAGCGGGAAUGCCGAUGGUAACAUGUCGCGUUUGCCAGGCUAUGAUCGACAUAUCAGGGAAGAGAGAGCAGCAUGUUGUUAAAUGUUCAGAAUGCAAUGAAGCAACGCCUAUUAGGAAUGCUCCACCAGGCAAGAAAUAUGUACGCUGUCCUUGCAACUGCUUGUUAAUUUGCAAGUCAUCAUCACAGCGAAUUGCAUGCCCCCGUGCAGACUGCAAGAGGAUUAUCAACUUGGCGCCAUCUCCUGUGACUCCUCCUGUUGCCACCUUGCCAGGAAUGUGCAGGGUUAUCUGUGCUCACUGUCAAGACACAUUUUUGUACCAACUGCUGAAAGACUCUCCCGUCCGAUGUCCUCACUGCCGCAAGGUGUCGUCGGUGGGAGCGAGCGUGGCUCGCAAACGCGGAGCGAGAUUCGCGGUGCUGUCGCUGGUGUUUUUCGCUAUCGCUCUCGGCGUCACGCUGGGCACACUCUCCGCUGCUAAGAGCCACGGAGGCGGCAUUUAUGUGGCUUACGUCGGCGGCUUCCUCCUUGCUCUAAUCCUGGGCAGUCGAGCUGUGUACUACUUUGCUAUGAAAGUGAGUACUAUUGAAGGCCCUAUGUAAUCGUCAAGUCAUUUGAUUUUGUGAUAAAAUUUGUAUGACUAGAAAGUAUAUUAUAUAGAAAAUUCUCAAUUCCAUAUAGCAUUGUUAUAAGAGCUUGGUUUGCCAAGUAUAUUUAAAACAUCUCAAAUUAGAGCCGAGUUUGUUCUAAUUGAUGAUUUGCUGAUGUUGAUAUUAUGUUAAAUGUACCUAAUAUAAUCAUGGGAAAAUUUUAUAAUGAAAUCGAAUAAAGUGUAGGUAGGUUAUGCUCUAUUCUUGUAACAGUGGACAAUGUCUUUAUAUAUAUCUAAUUUAAUCUUAUCAGGGACAUAUUUGACAAACAGUGUCAUAUCUGGGAUUCUAUGUCAUCUCUUGUCACUACUUCCCAAAUACUGGGGUGAUAUUGCUGCAGUAACGAAACCAUAAUAUAAAGCUACGGAAUCUCAAAGUCCAUAGUUUCAGACCUGUCAGGUGUGAACAGUUCUUUUGACAAUUGUCUGUAACAUUGCUCUCCAAUGAAUGGCAUGGCAAUCAUUGUGAAUAUCCAGAGUCGUGAGAUUAUUCUAAUUUUUAUUUAGUUUAUGUUCAAAAUUUAAAAAGGGUAUUAUUUAUACAGGGUGAUAAUAUUUCGCCAUCUAGAUUUAUAAUUUUGCAGAUUUCUUAUAAUGAUAUGAUUGCAUUUUUCAGCUUGGAGUUAACAUACAUGUAGCAAAUUGUAAAUAUUGUAUUUCUAAAACAAUUGACUUAAAAUAGACUUUAAAAAUAUGUCAGUAUUUACAUGUUCUAAUAGCUAAUCGAUCGCAAUAUAGCUGAAAUACUGCAGUUGCCUAAAGCCUAUGUAAGAGUCAAGGUUCGGGUCUGUAGUGAAUUUGUCACAAGUUAAAAUAAUCUCUAACUUAACACUAAAUUAUUGUCUUUGUAAAAAAUUAAAUGAUGUAAGUAUACUGUAACUAACAAAAAGGUCACGAGUCAAAGAAACUUGUUUACGAUAUUUCCAUACAUGCUCAUUUAAAUGAGAAAAGAUUUAAGAUCGUUAAUGACUCAAGGCUAUUUGUACGACGUUAAAAGUGUGUCAUAUAAACUAAAUAAAUAUUAUACUGUUGCCUACCUUAUAAUAUUGUAGACUGAGACUUCAUUGAUAUAUAAAUUAAUAAUUAUAAAUAUUAAAUAGCUGUCGAGUAUUGUCGUCACUCAUUCAUUAUUCCUUACUGUCAUUCCUUUGUGAUGACGCAAGCCUAGAUCUGCCUGAAUAUUUCGUGGAUCUCCAUGAUCUCAUUCCAAAGACAAGAAGCACGAACAUAUUGAGGUUAGUUAAGGCAAAAUUAAAUAAAAAAAAUAAUCUACAAAGAAAUUUGGUGCUGAAAUUUAUGAGUGGCCGGGAUUAAAACUAAUUAAAAGCCUUACAUUUGCUACAGCGCUCUUCUUGAUUAUACAUAAUGUGUGCUUCAAAAGAAAAUAAAAAUAAAUAAGCAUUGUAAUGUAAGUGAUUACAACGAUUAUUCUGUUCUUCGCUCGUAUUUUAACAUGUACAAUAAUAUAAUCACAUUAGCUACACAAAUUAAAAACUGCAAUGUCUUAAUAAUUCAUCAGGCGUGGCUAAUACUUGGCAGUACAGUAUAAUUCAUCCAUGACUGUACCUCUUGUUUUGGUUACUCGUUUCGAAAGUUCGUGAAGUUAAGGGCAAACAAUUUAGAAAAGUUAGCGAAAUAGCUACGCUUGUACAUUGCUCGAAUUGAAUGGUAAUAUUUGUGUGUUAAAUGUGUUUAUAGUUUUGGGUAAAUUAAUAAAUGAUAACGUGAUUUCUACGCGAUAUACAGGAAAGUCGGGUAAACUUUUACAACAUGUAAUAUAUGACUAGCACAAGUAUCUGUACCUAUUGUUUAAACUUUUGCAUUCUAUUCUUUGUUUUGUUAUAUUUUAUUUAAACUUAUAUUAUAUGAAAGGUAGUGUGGGCUAGCAGUCAUUUGUGUUAUUAAUAUUAUAUUGUAUAGACUAACUUUAAUAAUGGAGCAUUAUGUGAAUAAAGUCCUAGUUUAUUUUCUUCAAUAAAUAAAAUUAGUAGUACCACCAUAUGUUAAUACCAUAUAUAAUUGAUUAUUAAUUAUUAUUUCAUCAAUUAUACUAUCAAAUGUUAGUGCUUUACACAUGUAUUUGUAGUUAUAAGUCAAAUAAAUUGUACCAACCGACAUCUCUUGGUCUUCCUUUUCCUUGACCUUUCAGUCGUGGUAAUUAGAGACACUCUAGUAAGUGCCACAAUGGCCACAAAAGAAAACCACUUUAUAAUAAUGGAUGUACUUUAUUUAUAAUGUUAACAAAAUAAUUAAAAUUGAUAAAUUACAGUAGGUAGGUAUAUUAAAAGUAGGCAUUAUUUACCAAUAUUAAUAUUGAGAACCAGUACAAAUCUAAGAACUUAUAAAUAACCGUGCGCUUACUUUAUAUGACACAAUAAUAUUCUUAAAAAAAGUUAUGAUGAAAGGAAUCAUUUAUGUAUUUUGAACGUAACCUUUACACACAUAUACCACACGGUUUACGUACUUUGUACAUUUGUAUAGCAGAUGUUUUGUACUAUUUAUUACAAUACAUUUUAGUACUUAUUUGCUUUAGGAAAUACAAGGUUCGAUACAAAAAAUACUAUCAUUUUAUGACCAUUUCAAUUUUAAAAAUACAUUGAAACUUUUAAUAUUUUGUAAAGAAUGUAACUAUACACACGACUAGACGUACAGACAAGGUAAUAUAGUCAGAAAACGCUUCCACUUACUCUAUUACAACGUUUACUUUCUAAGGAAGGAAUGUCUUUCGCACAACAUACAAAGCAAUACUCUUUCAAAUGCAUUAAUCUAGUACCAUGUACUUAAAAAAAUGUACAAUAUCGUAAUUAUUGCAAAGAGAAGCUUCCAAGUGGUUUAGCCAGAGAUCGACUUUGAUCGUCAUAUGAAAGCUAUAUUUGUUCCAAUGCUUGCUGAAUAUACAAUUAGGUAAGAUAUCUUACUGAGGAAGACUGAAAUAUGAUAACAGUUAACUUGAAUUAUUGAACCAAUUCCGAAUUUUGAAAAUAUUUUUUAUUUAUUCCAUACAGCCUGUUGUUUGUAUCCCAAAGCGUAUGGAAUUUACGUUUUAUCAUAUCGGAGUUGGUCCCAUAGUAAAAGUUGAUAUAUUUGCGCGGAAUAACAAAUCGUACAGUCUUAUACGAGUCAUGCAUGUUUAUUUUACUUCGUCAGCAACUCUUGUGAUCCAAAAUAAGGAAUUAGUAAAUACCGUAAAAGGUUUGAGGAUUCAGGCUCCCAGGUUUUAUUUAAAUGUUAAUUGUAUGCCGUGUACAGAAUGGCGGUUAGUGGGACUUGUUGUACGUAUCCUUGUGCUGGUAGCCAGACACGUAGCCCGAGGCAUCGACCAGGUCCUUCCUGCCAGCGAUGCCCUUGCCUUUGCCGGUCUCGUCGAACCUCUGUUUAUGGGAGCCCGUAUACUUGCUGGUGUCUGUCAGGCGGUCCACUGCAGCUGCAGCCGCUGGCGACUUGGUCACCUGAAAUUUGAAAUUUAGAUUACAGAUAAAAUAAAUAUGCAGUAGAUAAUCUAAUGCAUUAAUUUC